AUGAGCCGCCAGCUGCACCCCUACCCCGGCGGGGAGCGCCUGGGCUUCAGCGGUUGCUCCACAAUCAUCUCGGGCAGGGUCAGCAGCAGCUCUGCCUCGUUCAGGGCCGGAGUCAAGAGCACAGCCGCCUUUGGUAGCAGGAGCCUCUUCAACCUGGGGGGCGGCCGGCGCCUGGCCCUGAGCACCUCGGCCGGGCGGGGCGGCACCUUUGCACUGGGCCACUGCGCUGGUACUGGUGGCCGCCUGGGGGGCUUUGUAGGCACCAUCUUUGGCAGCGCCGGCCUGGGGCCUGCAUGUCCAUCUGUGUGCCCGCCGGGAGGCAUCCCUCAGGUCACCGUCAACAAGAGCCUCCUGGCCCCCCUCAACGUGGAGGUGGACCCCAAGAUCCAGAAAGUGCGCUCCCAGGAGCGGGAGCAGAUCAAGGCGCUGAACAACAAGUUUGCCUCCUUCAUUGACAAGGUGCGGUUCCUGGAGCAGCAGAACCAGGUGCUGGAGACCAAGUGGGAGCUGCUGCAGCAGCUGGACCUGAACAACUGCAAGAACAACCUGGAGCCCAUCCUUGAGGGCUACAUCAGCACCCUGCGGAAGCAGCUGGAGACGCUGUCAGGGGACCGGGUGAGGCUGGACUCAGAGCUGAGGACCAUGCAAGAUUUGGUGGAGGACUACAAGAAGAGGUAUGAGGUGGAGAUUCACAGACGCACAGCUGCUGAGAAUGAGUUUGUGGUUCUCAAGAAGGAUGUAGAUGCUGCCUACAUGAACAAGGUUGAGCUCCAAGCCAAGGUGGACUCCUUGACAGAUGAGAUCAAAUUCUUCAAGUGCCUCUAUGAAGGGGAGAUUGCUCAGAUCCAGUCACACAUCAGUGACACAUCUGUCAUCCUGUCCAUGGACAACAACCGGGAUCUGGACCUGGACAGCAUCAUUAAUGAGGUCCGUGCCCAGUACGAGGAGAUCGCCCUGAAGAGCAAGGCCGAGGCUGAGGCCCUGUACCAGAGCAAGAUCCAGGAGCUGCAGGUCACGGCGGGCCAGCAUGGGGAUGACCUCAAACUCACCAAGGCUGAGAUCUCAGAGCUCAACCGGCUGAUCCAGAGGAUUCGCUCAGAGAUAGGGAGUGUGAAGAAGCAGUGCUCCAAUCUGGAGACGGCCAUUGCCGAUGCUGAACAGAGAGGUGACUGUGCUCUGAAAGAUGCCAGGGCCAAGCUAGACGAGCUAGAGGCUGCCCUGCACCAGGCCAAGGAGGAGCUGGGCCGGAUGCUGAGGGAGUACCAGGAGCUGAUGAGCACAAAGCUGGCUCUGGACGUGGAGAUCGCCACCUACCGCAAGCUGCUGGAGGGCGAGGAGUGCAGGAUGUCUGGUGAAUACCCAAAUUCUGUGAGCAUCUCUGUCAUCAGCAACACUGGUGCAGGAGGGGCUGGCUUCAGCAUGGGCUUUGGUGCUUCGAGCAGUUACAGCUACAAACCUGGGGCUGCGGACGUCAAAACCAAAGGCAGCUGUGGCAGUGAAUUCAAGGAUCCCUUUACCAAAACCUCUGGCAGCAGCUGUGCGACCAAAAAGAAGGCCUCCAGAUGAAGGGCA